CCUCCUUGUGGACGCCUGGACAAGCCUAACCAGGCACGUCAUCAACGUCCACAAAGACCAUCCUGGGAUAUACACCCGGUGCUUUCAUGCGCCCAUUGAAGAAGGCGAAUGGAUGGAGCCAGAAACGCCUGCCCAUGCAAAGUUUGUGGACAUCGUGACGAGGAAGCAGCUGCUGAAGGACCUGCAACAGCUGUCCCCGGACACACAGACUUAUGCCCUGGAGUCUUACCACAGUGUCCUGAACGGCUUCGCAGCGAAAGCGUUUGCCUUCAGCACAGGAGGCAUGGUCGCCAGAACGCGCGUUGCAGCGCUCCACUACAACGAAAACAGCAGCAGGGGCCAGGCCAUCACACAAGCGGGUGAGAUGCAGUGGAAGAUGACAUCUCCCAAGGCAAGGAAGGGACACCACAGCGUCAAUCCCAGGAUGACAAAAGCCACAUAUGAUUACGUCGCAAAGCUCCUGACUCGGUCUGUGGAACUCUGCAAGACAGCGCUGCCCCUGAAGGAAGCUUUCAAGCUUGAUGCGGAGACACCACGUCCACCCUGCAUGAGCGAGAGCUUCGAAAGGCCGUCAAAGGAAGACCUUGUUGCAGCCAGGCUCAGCCGUUUUGCAAAACAAGUGGCAAGCAUAACCGGGUGACUUAGCACGAGCGAGUUUAGUCUUGUGAAACCUGCUGUUAGGGUUCUUGUCUUGAUUGCUUCCAGGAGCUGUCAAUGCAGUAACACUUUCACUCCAAGACUCGUUGAUGGAAUGAGUGGUGUCGUCGUAAGUGCCACUCAGCUUGUUAUGAUGCCACUCAUUUUUACAAGCUUUUGAAUGCGGAGCAAAGACCGACUUUAUUACCACGAUCGUGGCUCCACUCGAGGUGCUGCUUAGCAUCAGGACUUCUGGGUACCUUAAGUGUUAGUCGACAAUAACGAUGAAGACCUGCUGCUAAUGAAACAGGUCCGCACCAGCGACGGUCCCAUGGGCGAGCAGGGUUGCCAGACGAAAUGAGCUGUUCUGCCAGUUGCGCUCUUUUCUUGGCACAUUAUUCGCAGACACUCACCAGGGAUGCGAUCUGUGCAUUGAUGCCUGGCCACCAGGCAGAGUCAUGAGCUCAGCACUUGCACUUGACAACUCCGUGGUACCUGUCAUGUAUCACCCUCAUUAUUGUUGAUCGUAACUCGGCAGGUAUGAGGAGCCUCGAGCCCUUCGGAAGAAGUCCUUUGCAAAGCGACAGCUCGCCUUGGAGAGACCAAUACUUGGACAGAUUGAGGGGCAGCUUGUGCUUCUUCGGCCAUCCAACCUCACAAUACCAUGUGAGUGUACAGCACUCUCCGUCAGUCUGUUGCAUAGCUUGGAUUUUCUUGGGGUGAAGUGGGAGGUCAGCAGACGCGUCUUCCAGUGCUGCAAUUGCAAAGGUGUCCGGGGAGCCCUUCCCUUGUCUUCAGACCCAGUUCUCUGUGGAGCUCUAGGGGGUGUGUCUGCCAUUGCCAGUAGUUUCCCCGGCACAACUGGUACUGCAUCAGCUUUAAACGAAGGCGCUGGAUGCGGGGAGGACGUCCCUACGCUGAGCUGCAAACCACGUAUGAGCUCGUCAAAACGUUCAGCCACGCCGCUGCCAAAGCCGUAUCCUCCGUCUUGCUGUGGCAGAUCUCUGUCGGGGUCAUGGCCCAAGAUGCAAAGGCAAAUGCCCUUCUUUCUCCAGAAGGUUGGUCUUGAAGGAGUAUGGCAUCGAGACCAAAGGAGCUGGCAUCUGCCGAAACUGUUGUGGGGUACACUGGGUUGUACUUGGCGAGACAGCAGUCUGAACUCUGGAAGUUCUUCGCGCGUAGGAAUGCUGCUGCCUGUUCGGAACCCCAGCCCCAUACAUCUGUUGCUCUUCGACAAAAGUGCUCGGGGAUGCGCGGCACGAAAUGUGCAACAUGGUUUACCAUUUCAAGUAAUCUUCGCACACCUGUGACACUCUCAGGCCUUUCCGUCACCUGUACAGUCUGAAUCUUCCUGAGAUCCGGCUUCACGCCUUCUGCUGAUAUGACGACUCCAAGGAAGUUGACUGCGGACACUCCAAACACACAUUUAUCUUUUUUGAGGGUGAUGCCUGCCUUUGAUAGUCGGGAGAGCACUUGACUGAGUUGCGUGUCGUGCUCCUCUUGCGUCCGUCCAAAGACAAGUAUGUCAUCAAUCAUGUUGAUGCACCUGUCUUGUCCUCUCAGAAUGCAUGCCAUUUGCUUCUGGAAGUAUUCUGGUGCCAACGUAAAUCCAAAAGGCAAACAGCAGAAGCAGAAGCGGCCAAAGGAAGCGAUGAAAGCGGUGUACUCCUGACUUUCCUUGACAAGUUAUACCUUCUGAAAUCCAAAAAUAGCGUCCAACUUGGCAAACACCCUCUCUUUACUCAAAAGUCCGAGAACUUGGUUCACU